AUGUCUCCGUCCAAGAGCCAAAAACGCGCAAUACGCAUUGCAGGAUGCUCGGGCGGCUUCACAGACCGCUCCACUGCAAUCACCCGCAUGGCUGGUGAUCCAGAAGUCGACGUCGUGAUGGGCGACUGGCUCUCCGAGAUGACCAUGACAGUCCACGGUAGCGGAAAAAUCAAGAACGUGCAAUCUCAAAACGGCAAAGCCCAACUGACGCUCGAGGAGCGCAAGAAGAAUGCCAUGUACGCCGAAACCUUCAUCCAGUGCUUCGAGCCGGCAAUUCCGAAUCUUGUCAAAAACAAGACGAAACUCGCCGUCAAUGCUGGUGCGUCGGAUACGGAGCUUCUCGCUGAGGUUGUGGUGGACCUCCUAGAGAAGCAAGGCGCCGGGCAUCUGAAGGUGGCGUGGAUUGAGGGUGAUGAUGUGACCGGACAGGUGAAUAGCUUGAUUAAGAAGGGAGAAAAGUUUGAGAACCUGAUGCACGGAAAGAUAUUGGAAGAAUGGGGAAUGGACCCGAUCUGUGCCCAAGCGUAUCUAGGAGGCCUUUGCAUAGCAGAAGCCUUCAAGCAAGGGGCGGAUAUCGUGCUUGCGGGUCGCGUUGCGGAUCCCGCUCCUGUCAUUGGGGCUGCUGCGUGGUGGCAUGAUUGGCGUCCCGAUCAGUUUGAUGAGCUCGCCGGAGCAUUCAUCGCAGGCCAUCUGAUCGAGUGCUCUUCUUACGUCUGUGGUGGUUACUACUCCAUGUUCAAGGAUCUCAUCAAGACUGGGAAGCACGUCAACAUGGGGUUCCCUAUCGCGGAAGUCGAACAUGACGGCACUUUCAAUAUUGCGAAGGAGAAGAACAGUGGGGGCUGCGUGACUGUGGCGUCCUGCGCUUCGCAGCUCCUCUACGAGAUCCAGGGUCCAUUAUAUUAUAAUUGCGACGUGACAGCCGAGCUCGCCAAUAUCAAGAUGGAACAGAUCGGGGAAGAGCUAGUGCGUGUGACGGGCGUAAAGGGGUUGCCUCCGCCACCUACUACGAAGGUCGGCAUCACUGCGCCGGCGGGCUUCCAGUGUGAAUGGCACUUCUUUGUGUGUGGUCUCGACAUUGAGGAGAAGUGCAAGAUCACCGAGGACCAAAUCCGAUAUGCGAUGGGCGACAACGUAAAACGCUUCUCGACCCUUAAGUUCCACCAGAACGGCUCUUCGCCCAUCGACGCCCACAACCAAGAUGUCGCCACCGUAGACUUACGCUGCUUCGCCCAAACCUCCGAUCCCGAGGUGGUCCGCCCAGACGUCCCCAAUGGCUUUAACCGCUGGUGUCUCGAAGUCUUCCUCCAAUCCGCACCCGGCCUCUCGCUCUCCAAUGAUCUCCGUCAAAUCGUACCAAAGCCGUACUACGAGUACUGGGUUACUCUUUUCCCACAGACCGAGCUCCCCCUUCGCGUGCACACUAUGUGGGGUGACAAGAAAGUCACCGAUCUCGGGGCACCGAAGAUCACGAAAGAGUAUGCGCGCCAGCAGCAAUCGUACGAGACCGCUUCUCCUAUCGAUCUGUCCUCGUUCGGGGAGACGGUUCGUGCCCCGUUGGGCUACAUUGUGGCUGGGCGAUCUGGAGAUAAAGCGUCGGACUGCAACUGCGGAUUUUUUGUAAGACACGAUGAUGAGUGGGACUGGCUGAGAUCGUUCAUGACGAUCGAACGCGUGAAGCAGCUUCUUGGGCCGGAGGAGUAUAAGGGGAAACCGAUUGACCGAUUCGAGCUCCCUGGGAUUAGGGCCGUGCACUUCUUGUUGCACGAUCAUCUCGAUCGCGGCUACAAUGCUUGCAGUAAUUACGAUACGUUGGGAAAGAAUGCAAUGGAGUAUAUGCGCGCGAAGACGGUGGAUUUGCCGAAGAAAUUCUUGGAUAGGGGACGCAUUUGA